AUGGCACAAGGUAAGGAGAGGCUCAGAGUUUACCACCAGACUCUGUUGGGGGGGCUCAAGGCAGCUGCACAGAAACCCACUAACCUAGCUAGAGUAGGAGAUGUUCAACAAGGCCCCACUGAGAGUCCAGCUGCUUAUCUGGAAAGACUGAUGGAGGCCUUUAGACAAUACACCCCCAAGGACUCAGAAGCAGAAGGCACUCAGGCUGCUUUGAUAAUGCAUUUUGUCAACCAGGCGGCUCCAGACAUCAGGAAAAAGUUACAAAAACUAGAACGCCUGGGAGAAAAGAGUAUCCAGGACUUAAUAACAGUGGCAGAAAGGGUCUACAAUACUCAAGAGACCCCAGAGGAAAAACAAGCUAAGGCAGCAGACCGCCAGACCCACAAUAUGGCGUGCAUCCUGCUAGCGGCAACAGUUCCUGAUUCGGGAGAAAGGGAGCGCCAGCUGCACCGCCUAGCGGCUGAAGGGGCUCAAUAUUCGGUUUUGCUGGAGCCCCAAGGGAAACUGGCCAGAAAGACUUCAUGGGUGCAGGGGGCCACUGGGAUGAAACAAUAUCAAUGGACUACCUGAAGAUCGGUGGAUUUGGGCAUGCACUGGGUAUCCCACUCCUUUAUGGUCAUCCCGGAAUGCCCCUUCCCACUGUUGGGAAGAGACUUGUUAACCAAGAUGGGAGCUCAAAUUCACUUCCUCCCAGGAGAAACUAAAAUACUUGAUCAGGCGGGCAGGCCGAUUCAAGUACUGACAAUUCAAUUAGAGGAUGAAUAUAGGCUGCACCAAAAACCGACCCUUCCCCAAACGGACAUCCAGGAGUGGCUAGAUGAAUUCCCUGAAGCGUGGGCCGAGACAGGGGGAACCAGCUUGGCUAGGCACCGCCCUCCUAUAUGUAUAGAUCUCAAGCCAGGAGCCAAUCCCGUCGGAGUCAGACAAUAUCCUAUGACCUUAGAGGCCCGACAGGGAAUCAUCCCCCACAUCCUCAGGCUCCUAGCCCAGAAAAUCUUGAGACUCUGUCAGUCAGCGUGGAACACUCCCCUGCUCUCUGUUAAAAAACCAAAUUCUCAUGACUAUCAGACAGUACAGGACCUGCGGGAAGUUAACCACGGAGUUCUAGAUAUUUAUUCUAUGGUGCCAAACCCAUACAACCUGAGCUCGCUCCUGCCAGAUCAUCACUGGUAUAUGGUCCUAGAUCUAAAAGACGCUUUCUUUAGUCUAUCCCUGGUGCCCAAGAGCCAGGAGCUUUUCGCCUUUGAGUGGUCUGACCUGGAAGAGGGGAUCAAUGGACAGCUGACCUGGACGCGACUGCCACAGGGAUUUAAAAAUUCUCCCACCAUCUUCGAUGAGGCCCUCCAUGAAGACCUGGGUGAGUUUAGACAACAGCACCCCCAACUAACCUUGUUGUAA